AUGGCCAUCUUACACCUUCAUCUCGCAUUCGCACUUACCGUCAUCUCGUUAGUAUCAACACCUACGUCAUGUAAGAUUGUGGAGUCGCUUGUGUCCACACGAGAGAAUUUUCUUUUAAAGGGCCACGUUAUGCAACGGCAGCGAACAUCCAAUUCAUUUUCGUGCGCACAUCUUUGCUCGAGGAAGGAAGGAUGCCGUUCUUACAAUUUUAAGCGCUCCAAGAAGAAAGGACUCUGUGAACUGUCAAGUGAAACCGCUGGAUACUUUGAUGACGGUCUCACAAGGGAAGCAGGAUGGCUGUACGGGCAGAUUGUUCAUAUUAGAAAAGAGAAUUCCACAGAAAGCAAUAAGCCUGUGCUGACUUGCUAUUCAUCCCCAGAUUUCAACUUUACAUUUACAACUCUCGGUGGCCAGGGUCCAAGAGGACCCACAGACAUAUCCGGGUACCAAGGGACCACUCUACAGGGAAAGGUUACUUUGGACAACGGAAUCCAAAUAUGGCAAGUACCUCUGAACGGAUCUUACGUCAUAGAGACCUGGGGAGCAUCGGGUGCUCAAGGCCGAGGAAAAAAUGGAGAUUCAGUAGUUAUAAGACCGGACGGCAAGGGCGCUUACAUGAAGGGAACUUUCAACCUCACUCGCGGAACAUUGCUGAAGAUACUCGUGGGACAGGCAGGCAGCCGUGGAACAGUUGGCGUGCCGCCGUUACCUGGGGGAGGUGGAGGGGGAACAUUUAUCACUUUCUCAUCUAAGGCUGCUUUGAUUGUUGCUGGGGGAGGGGGUGGAGGCGGUGCACAGCCAGGAAAUAACCAUGAUGGGGAUCCGGGACAGACCGUCGAAGAGGGAUCUCAGUCCGGCGGGUCCAGUGGGAACGGGGGAACGAUCCUCGUGAAUGGUUCCCCCUCAAAAUCAUUUGAAGGCGGAGCGGGAGGUGGCUUAAUCGGGGACGGUGAAUCUGCCAUACUUGCCACGGGGGGAAAGAGUUUUGAAAACGGAGGGGAAGGAGGAAAUUCGUUGAACGGAGGAAAGGGUGGAUAUGGGGGAGGUGGCGGAGGAGUUCAGUUCCCUGGUGCCGGGGGUGGGUAUUCUGGAGGGGGCGUUAUGGAAAAUAGCGGCAAAACCAUUGCCGGAGGGGGAGGCUCUUUCAACAAUGGAGGGAACCCCGUCAAGAAAGAGGGAGUGAAAGAAGGCGAUGGAAAAGUGAUUAUCACACUUGAAGAUUCCGAACCGGGAGGUGGCUUAAUCGGGGACGGUGAAUCUGCCAUACUUGCCACGGGGGGAAAGAGUUUUGAAAACGGAGGGGAAGGAGGAAAUUCGUUGAACGGAGGAAAGGGUGGAUAUGGGGGAGGUGGCGGAGGAGUUCAGUUCCCUGGUGCCGGGGGUGGGUAUUCUGGAGGGGGCGUUAUGGAAAAUAGCGGCAAAACCAUUGCCGGAGGGGGAGGCUCUUUCAACAAUGGAGGGAACCCCGUCAAGAAAGAGGGAGUGAAAGAAGGCGAUGGAAAAGUGAUUAUCACACUUGAAGAUUCCGAACAGCAGUAA